AUGCGCUUCUCUUCAUCUCUGGUCGCCCUUGUGUCUGCAGUCCCUCUUUUGGUUUCUGGUGCCCCCGCCCGGUUUUAUGGGAAACGUGCUGCCUCGGAUAUUCUGGUCUUCAAAUUCGCUGAUGUUCUGGAACAGCUCGAAUCAGAAUUCUACAAGCAGGCGCUUGCAAAGUUCCAAGACAGCGACUUUGUUGCCGCUGGUUUCCCUUCAAGUCAGGUCCCUAUAGAGCAGUUCAAGGUCAUUCAGUCUGACGAGGCUACACAUUCGACCGUGCUCCAGGCUGCUCUCAAGUCCUUCGGCGAGACCCCCAUCACGAAUUGUCGGUUCAACUUCGCCCCCGCGCUCGGCGAUGUCGCCACCAUGGCUGCAACCGCGCGCGUUGUUGAGGCCGUCGGUGUUGGCGCCUACCUCGGUGGUGCUACCCUCCUCACCGACCCCGUUCUCCUGACAUCGGCUGCCUCGAUCCUCACCGUCGAGGCGCGCCACCAGACCGUGCUCAACAUCCUGUCCCAGACAGGCAGCGCUGUCUUCUCGCCUUUCGAUCUUGCUCUCACCCCCAGCGAAGUCCUUGCCCUUGCUGGUCCCUUCUUUGACGGUGCUUGCGACCUUGGCAUCCCUGCCAACCCCGCCCUUGCGCUCACCAACACUGGUGUCGUCGCCCCAGGCACCAGGCUCACAUUCUCCGCCGACGCCCUCAACGGCUCCGUCGACACCAACACGCUCUUCUGCCAAAUGCUCAUCCCCGGCCAAUUCGCCUCGAUCCCUCUGCCAUUCAACGACUGUGUUGUCCCCUCGGACAUCAACGGCGCUGUCGCUAUCUUCAUCACUUCCGACGGCCAGCCCCUCAUCAAUAACGUCCGCGACCGUGCCACCACGCAGCUCAUUGCCGGCCCCGCGCUCGCCUUCAUCGACACUGCACCCCAGAUGCUCGGCCAGCUCGCGCGCUUGAACUUCAACUUGGUGGGCGGCGCUGACGGCGCUGCGAUCCCCGUUGCGACGAGCACGAGCACAAGGACGAUCAGCCCUGUUGAGGCCUCGUCGGUCUUGGCCUCAGCGACGCCCGUUGCAACACCCGCUGCUCCGGAGGGUGCGAGCUCAGGUGUGAGCGUGACGCCCGCCGAUGCGAGCGUUCCCUCGACGGCGAACACGAACACGGGUCUGUCGGCGGACGGCGCGAUCACGGUCAACGGGUGGACGAACGUCGAUUAA